UUAUAUGCCGUCGUCACGUCUGGCGUUCUCAAACUACAGCAUGGCGAGUCGAUACGGUUCCCUAAGUCGUGCUCAGCUCAGUAUAGAGUAUUUACACACAAACAGUACGACUCACGAGUUUUUAUUCGGAGCGCUAGCAGAGCUGGUUGACAACUCGAGGGACGCACAGGCAACAAAAAUCAACAUCUAUACAGUUCGAGACGACACGUUACGUGGUGGACGUAUAUUGUGCUUUCUUGAUGAUGGAGAUGGAAUGGAUCCUGAUGAAGCUGCUGAUAUUAUUAAAUUUGGCAAUUCAUCAAAGAGAGCGGCUGAAACCAAUCUCAUUGGACAAUAUGGGAAUGGACUAAAGUCCGGCUCUAUGCGUAUUGGAAAAGAUCUCAUUCUAUUUACCAAACGAGAUUCGACAAUGACUUGCUUGUUUUUGUCACGGACAUUUCAUGACAAGGAAAGAUUAAAGGAAGUGAUCGUUCCGUUACCAUCAUGGGAUACCAGAACGCAACGUCCUUUAGUCAGAACACCUGCCGAAGAAGAAAGGAGACAGCUAGAGAUCAACUUAAUACUUAGACAUUCACCAUUUCAUACAGAGAAGGAUCUGUUGGAUCAAUUCAAUGCUAUUGAUUCUCCUUCAGGUACACUAGUGAUGAUCUACAUGCUGAAACUGCUGGAUUCUGGUCAACCAGAGUUGGAUUUGGUAUCAGAUCCAACAGACAUCAGACUGUCGGAUGAAAGUGAUGACGUGGAAAGAUUACCAAUAGAGAGGAGAUCAUUUCGUGCUUACACUUCUAUUCUUUACAACAAUCCUAAGAUGAAAAUCUACAUCCAAGGCAGUAAAGUUGCCUCUCGACGUCUGCAGCAUUGUCUCUACAAACCAAGAAUGUAUCAGUUUACGUCCAAGCGAUUCAAGACUCGAUCAGAGCAAGAUGCAGCUAAAGCAGAACAGCAAGCCAAACUGGCUGAAGAAAAAGCUCGUGAAAUGGAAGAUGCUGCUCGGUUGGCACAAGCCAGUCUUUCAACUCUGUCAGAUAAAGAUGGACGGGUUGCUGUUAGGCAAGCACAAACAGCAGCAUCAAAUGCUCGAAAUGAGGCAGACUUGCUUAACAAAAUAUGGCAAUCCAAACAGAAGGCACUUAAGCAUCCUAAGACAUUGAGCUUUACAUUUGGUUUUAAUCUGAAUAAUCGUGGUCAAGACGGCAUGUUUGUUUACAACUGCAGCAGGCUGAUAAAGAUGUAUGAUCGUGGUGCAGCUCUGUUAGAAGGCGACAGGUAUCAGUAUAGGCAAUCGUGUUUUUAUUGUGCCUAUUGGUUUAUUGGUGUUUUGUUUUAUGUGGAUGGCAGUCAAUAUCGAGGGAUUGUUGGAGUAGUAGAUAUUCCUUAUGUUGUACUUGAACCCACUCAUAACAAACAGGACUUUGCGGAUGCUAAGGAGUACAGACAUUUACUGAAGGCACUAAGUGACCACCUGUGUCAGUACUGGAAAGACAGUGGAAUUGAAUCACAAGGCGUUCAGAAGUUUUGGGAAUCUUUUGGUUAUUCUGCAAGCACGCAAUGGGAUGUGAGUCCAUCUGAUGAUCCGAAGUUUGUGCGGAAGAGGGCAAUGCAGAUUCCACGAGAAGUUCAAUGCGAUAAGUGUCUCAAGUGGCGAUCUGUGCCUUUUUCUGUAAAGAACAUUGGCAAAGAGUUUCCAUCUGAUUGGACAUGCAGCAUCAAUACAGAUUCUGCUCAUAACACGUGUGGUGCAGGUGAACAGAAAGUAAACAUACCGAUUGGUACUCUGCAAAAGUCAACAAAGUCUGAUGCUGAAAAGAAGGCAGACAUUGUGGAGCAUAUAGAGAAACAACAGAAAAGACUGGAUGAAUUAGAGAAACGGAACAGACUCCUGAUGCAAGAACAACCUGUGUUGCAAAGCACUGUUCGUGGUACUACCAGUUCACGUGAGGCUCUUGCAGCUGCAGUUUCUUCUAAACAGACAGGUAGUGUCUUGUCACAGGCUGCUGCAUCGUUGAUGAGUGUGAAGCAACAGACAAAAAAGAAAGUCAAGACUUUGAGACCUCCUAUUACUGUAGAAAUUGAUCAAAAUGAUGUCGAUAAGGAAGAGGUGGCUGUUGUCUCUUCACCAUUGCCACCUCCACCAAAGAAAAUACAAGCAGAAGCUCAAACUACUAAAGAAGAUGUUGUUCCUUCAUCAAGAAAACGUGGUCGUCCAAGGAAACGGCGUUUGUCACCAUCCGACAGUGAAGAGAAAGAAUUAGAUGAAGGGGUUGGAAAUGGGGACAUUGCUUUUAUCGAUUCUGUUGAUACGAAAGUAGACACUGUGAGAAAUAAAGGAUGGCUCACAGGACAAGUACACAAGGUUGAUUCUCGCCAACUAUGUCUACAGUUGGACCGACAUUCAUCACUCAGACAGGAUAAAUGGGAAGCACGUGGAAACCAUGACUCUUCACAACAGAAGCAUGUUCCUGACAGUCCAUCAGUGGAAACACCAUCUACCACUACUGGGCUUCUGGAGCAGAAACGGAAUUCAGAUGGACUAGUAGAGUCUAAUAGUCACAUUGGUGAUGUUACAUCCGCAUCGGCCAGUCUGCAAGCAGAUAAAAUUGCCAAGUUGCUUAGGGAUUGUUUACAGUAUUUUCUACCUCCAGACUGGGUGAUGAAGAAGGAACAGAUAGAUUCUCUCUCAUCUUCUGAGUUGGCUGACUUUCCACUAGAUGGCUUUGUGAAGCAUUAUGAACAAGGUGUCACUAAGCUGAUAUCAGGAUUUCAGGCACAAGCAGAGGUUGCCAAACGGCAAGCACGGGAGACGGAAGAGAAGCUCUUCAAGCUACGGAGAUCAGUUGGACAACUGAUCAGAUCAAUGAGUACAGACUAUCCUCUUCUGCCUGAUGACCAGUCAGAGAAUGUAGAUGGUCUGCUGUGUGCUAUUCUUUCAAAACAGUAAUUCUAAACAGAAAGUGAGAACAUACCUUGUUUGGUUUUAUUUUGUUUCCAUAAGCUUUCUGGCAAUAUCAUUUUACAGCUAUACCUAGUGCUAACUUAUAUAAGAGUGUAUGUUUACAAGACGGAUGUAACCAAUACAAGGGAAAGUUGUGUUAUGAAAUUGUUCCAGUCUUUGUUUCUUUCUCCAGAUAUUAGCUUUUUUGUUGGAAUUGCUAAAAUAGUUGUAGGUACAGUAUGCUGCAAAGUAUAAAUGUACAUCAAAACUUGUUUUCGUAUACAUUUUUAAAUAACUAAUGGUGCAAUUGUUUGUUUUUGAAUUAUAAAUCUUUUAUGACAUAAAAUGGUACUUUCGUUUUGAGGAUUCAUAAAUAGAAAUUAAU